AUGGAUGAACACUUGAUUUCCACAAUUAACAAAUUGCAGGAUGCAUUGGCUCCUUUAGGAGGAGGUUCGCAAUCUCCCAUCGAUUUGCCUCAGAUUACCGUGGUGGGUUCGCAAUCCUCUGGUAAGUCUUCCGUCUUGGAAAACAUUGUUGGGAGGGAUUUCUUACCACGUGGUACUGGUAUUGUCACUAGAAGGCCUUUGGUUUUGCAGUUAAUUAAUAGAAGAUCCAAGAAAGAGAAGGAAGCUGCGCCUCAAGCGAAUACCAAGAACGAUGUUAGUAAACAAUUAUUGGAUUUGGACUUACAAGACGAUGCUGAUAAGAAGGAGGCUCCAGCUUCUGAUAAGACUAAGAAGGGUGAAAAGGGAGCUACCAGUCAAUCCGAAGAUAAUGCAGAAGAAUGGGGUGAGUUUUUGCAUUUACCAGGUAAGAAAUUUUUUAAUUUUGAUGAAAUUAGACAAGAAAUUGUUAGAGAAACUGAAAAGGUUACCGGUACCAAUGUCGGUAUUUCUUCCAUUCCAAUCAAUUUAAGAAUUUAUUCGCCAUAUGUCUUGACUUUGACUUUGGUGGAUUUACCAGGUUUGACUAAAGUGCCCGUUGGUGACCAACCUCCUGAUAUUGAGAAACAAAUUAAGAAUAUGUUGUUGAAAUAUAUUUCUAAACCAAACGCCAUCAUCUUAUCUGUUAAUGCCGCUAAUACUGAUUUGGCUAAUAGUGAUGGGUUGAAGUUGGCAAGAGAAGUGGAUCCUGAAGGUACCAGAACUAUCGGUGUCUUGACUAAGGUUGAUUUAAUGGACCAAGGUACUGAUGUUAUUGAUAUUCUAGCGGGGAGAGUUAUUCCAUUGAGAUAUGGGUACAUUCCAGUUAUUAAUAGAGGUCAAAAAGAUAUUGAAGGUAAGAAAACCAUUAGAAGUGCCUUAGAGGAUGAAAAGAGAUUUUUUGAAGAACAUCCAUCUUAUAGUUCCAAAGCUCAUUAUUGUGGUACUCCAUAUUUGGCUAAGAAAUUGAAUUCUAUUUUAUUACAUCAUAUUAGACAAACUUUACCUGAUAUUAAGGCCAAGAUUGAAAACACAUUAAAGAAAUAUCAAAAUGAAUUGAUAAGUCUUGGUCCAGAGACAAUGGAUUCAUCCAAUUCCAUUGUUUUGAGUAUGAUUACAGAUUUUUCGAAUGAAUACUCUGGAAUUCUGGAUGGUGAAGCUAAAGAAUUAACAAGUCAAGAAUUAUCCGGUGGUGCUAGAAUCUCAUUUGUCUUUCAUGAAGUCUUCAAGAAUGGUGUGGAUUCAUUAGAUCCAUUUGAUCAAAUUAAGGAUUCUGAUAUCAGAACUAUCAUGUACAAUAGUUCAGGUUCGGCACCUUCUUUGUUUGUUGGUACACAAGCUUUUGAAGUUCUGGUCAAGCAACAAAUUAAAAGAUUUGAAGAACCAUCAUUACGUUUAGUAAAUUUAGUAUUUGACGAAUUGGUUCGUAUAUUGAAACAAAUUAUUACGCAACCUAAGUAUGCGAGAUACCCAGCAUUAAGAGAAGCCAUUUCUAAUGAAUUUAUCGAUUUCUUGAAGGAAUCUAUGAUUCCGACGAACAAAUUUGUUACUGACAUUAUUGAUGCAGAACAAACGUAUAUUAAUACAGCACAUCCUGAUUUAUUGAAAGGUUCUCGUGCCAUGGCUAUGGUAGAGGAGAGAUUACAUCCACCUCGUCAAAUUGCCUUGGAUCCUAAAACUGGGAAACCAUUACCACAGCAACAGCAACAACAACAAAAUCCUUCCAAUGACGUCCUUGUUAGUGAGGAUAAGAAUGGGUUCUUUGGUGGUUUCUUCACAACUAAAAACAAGAAGAAAUUGGCGGCUUUGGAAUCACCUCCACCUGUCUUAAAAGCCACUGGCCAAAUGACCGAGAGAGAAACUACGGAAACCGAAGUUAUUAAGCUGUUGAUUGAAAGUUACUUCGGUAUUGUCAAGAGAACGGUGGCCGAUAUCAUUCCUAAGGCAUUGAUGCUAAAAUUGAUUGUCAAGAGUAGAACAGAUAUUCAAAAAGUUUUGUUAGAGAAAUUGUACAGUAGCGGUCAAUUGAAGGAUUUGACUAAGGAAAAUGAACUAACCAUUCAAAGAAGGAAAGAAUGUAACAGAAUGGUGGAUAUUCUAAGAAAUGCCAGUGAGAUUGUCUCAUCUGUCUAG